AUGAGUCGUCUUGCCGACCCCCCUUCUACUAGGAUUUCAUUUGCCGGGGUAUCAGACGCCCCCGGCAGGACACGAAACAUACCUGUACUUUCGUCGUCUGGUCAGCAUUCGAUGGAUAUCACCCCUCCGCCCACGGGCGCGCAUGGCUCUGACGACCGAAUGACCGGAAUCACCAAUGGCGCUGAAGCUGGAAACAAUCUUUUGACUGCUCCAAAUGCGGCUAUCGGCGCUGCGGCCGCAGCUCAGCAGCCAAAAGUCGUUCAGACUGCUUUCAUUCACAAGCUCUACAAUAUGCUAGAAGACCCCAGCAUCCAGCAUCUCAUCUCUUGGUCCGGUACAAAUGAUAGCUUCGUCAUGUCGCCAACGUCGGAAUUCUCCAAAGUCUUAGCAUCAUACUUCAAGCAUACCAAUAUCUCCUCGUUCGUUCGGCAGCUGAAUAUGUAUGGGUUUCACAAAGUGAGCGACGUAUUUCACACCGGGUCCCCGGAUUCUGCGCUCUGGGAAUUUAAACAUGGCAAUGGGAACUUCAAAAGAGGCGAUCUAGUUGGUCUACGAGAGAUCAAGCGCCGUGCUUCGAGACACGCUUUGAUCCACCGCGAUUCAUUCCCUGGCCACAAGGCUCCUGCUUCGCAGCCCGGAACUCCCGCUGAACCCGUACAUGAUGCGACCGAAGCUAGAUUUCUAAAUAUCGAGCAAACCUUCUACGACCUGCGUAAUCGUAUGGCUCGGGCCGAAGAAGGCAAUAUCACACUGAACUCGAGAUGUCAUGCUAUGACCGAAAGCCUGACAAAGUGCUACCAGUGGACGCAUUCUAUUUCACGGUUUCUUCAAGCUGUUGUGCCCGAUAGGGAAAGCCCUCUACAUCGCGAUGUCUCGAGCAUGCAAAGAGAAGUUGAGAAACAUAUCGAAAUCAUGCGCGCCAUGGAAACCCCCCACGAGACCCUCAUGCCUCCGCGGCAACAGUACUUCGCCAACAUGACUGAAGCCGGUCCACCUUUGUCCCCGCGCCAAAUGCCCCAGGACGAUGCCCGUCGACAGUCCAUGAUGGACCAUACACCUAGACACACCAACAUGAUCCGACCGCCCGUCCCUCCCCAUCUCUCAGUAUCCCCUCGCCGCUACGGCUCGAUUGGCGGCGCCAAUUCUGCCUCAGCAUACGCUCGCCUACAACCUCCUGUUGCGCCGCCCGCACAGCAACCGAUGCCUCAUCCUCUCUCCGUAUCAACGUCCCCAGGACCAAAUUUGACCCGCCGUCACACGUCUGCGGAUAUCCGACAGCACGGCUGGUCCCCCUCGGCUGGCUCACCCUACCCCCCUGGCAACCCCCCAAACGGCCCUUGGCCUUCAUCACCAGGGCACCGAACCCCGGUCUCUAGUGACCAGCAAGUCCGUGAUGUCCUCGCCCAAUACGAAAUGGGCGCCCCCCGCCGCCUUCGAGAACAAUCCCGCCAUGCCACUCCACCAACUGCCGAACCUUCACCGUCCAUGCUCGGCGUCGAUAACGGCUGGACACUUGGUGGUUCAAGAUUCCCUCACGGCUCUUCCUUGCCCGCAACCCGUCGCUCGAGCAUGGCGAGCAAUGUGCAUUCAUUGCUCAAUCCUGCAGAUACUGCCGAAAGACCCGACGAGGACCAGCAGGCGAUGUCAGAGGACCGUAAGCGGAAGCGGUUGGAAUGA